CGCAGGCUGCGACUCCUUCGCAUAGCAGCAACGAAAAGUCAGUAGUCGUCACAGAUAACGUACUGGCAGCCUCGCUAUACGUCACGACCUCCUCGCGGUGCCGACGAGCAGCAAAACGUCUCGUGUCGUCUCCAUCACACCAACGGACGUAGUCUCAGGAUCAACUACUGACACAUUCGCACUUCUGCCGUCUGUGUACAAUCCGGUGUACCGACAUGGAAGAAUGUGCAUCGACUAGGACGGCCGCCUCCGGAGCGUCAUCUCAGGAUGAAUCAGCUCCGCGGUUGCCCACCGAGAUCUGCGGACGGAUCAUUGACCAUGUAGCGGCGGAAUUGAAUCUCAACUACCAGGUUCUGACUGGGAAUCCAAAGCUCCUAGCUCUUCAAUCGUGCGCACUAGUAUGCAGGGAUUGGUACUUUCACACCUGGUACCAUCUCCGUCAGCGCGUUCACCUCCGUGACCGGAACGACGUCCGUUCACUUUCCAGGACACUCCGCGAGAGACCACGCCUCAGCGGUGUCGUCCGACAGGUCGUCAUCUCGGGUCAAACAUCUGGCCAGCAGUCACUGAUUCAACACCUCGGAACGUUUGCCGCCAUGCUUGCCGGGAAGCUCCCGGAGCUCUCGAAGAUCACCAUCGAGGAAGCGGAAUGGACCGUUGGCUUGAUGAGGGUGGAAGACUUCGGAUAUCUCGCCGCAUUUCACCUCGUCAACACGUUAGCCAUCGCCAACGUCACCAUGUCGAGCAUCGCCCAGCUGGCCCGCCUCAUCUCAGCACUCCCUGCCAUGAGACAUCUGUAUUGCUUCAAUGUCGACUGCUCACAGAAACACCCAGUCUCUCCUGUCUCUCUCCCGCUCAAUUCUGCAAGCCUGAAGGUCCUCGAAGUGCGAUGGGUCGCGCCUGCGGUUGAAGACCUACUCGUUCGGAUCAGCCAGGCUUCCCGGCUACGCAAGCUCGAUUUCGGAGUUGGCGGCGAAUUCACCUCAUCCUCCGCAGGCAGCAGAACCCAAGCUUUAUUGGAUGCAGGUGCGGCCUCAGUGGCAGCCCUCACGCUCUGGAUUGCUUCCGCCUCCUCCGUGGACAGUCACACUGUUGAUUCCACUGUAGAACGACACCUCAACCUGUCACGCCAUGAAAGGUUGUGGCGAUUGGCGAUUCGCCUGUACCACCCCUUUGUUGCGUGGUCCUGGAUUCCUCACAUUGUCUCUCGAAUCCAGUCAGAUCAUCUCAUGGCCUUUUCUGUUUUGUUUAUGGCUCGUGCAGAUCAUGCAGCCGCCGACUUCGAUGGGGUGGUGACGAUGAUGGAGGAAGAUGGGAUCUUGGCCUCCUUGUUUUUGAAAACGACUGGCUGCCGCUUGUCAAGUUGUUUGAUUCAGAAUCAUCAUUCAGAGAGCAUUGUGGCCGGUGGGACGAGCUCGUUAGACGGAAGAUGCCGGGGUGCGAUAGACGGGGCAUAUGGACCAUCGUUUAUAGCAUCGAAGAGCACGAGAACUGGCGUCGUAACAUGGAUAAAAUUCAUAAAGCGACGAAAAACCAGAAGGCCAAAAGCGGAGUAGAGGUGCAGCGAGAGGACGACGCCGAGCAUGCGUCGGACACGUCAGGCUGACUGUCCUAAUCAUGUACACUCGCCGGUGUCAGUGUAACGAGUCCUUGUUAUCGUACGCGGCGCGGUUUGCGCAUUUGAUUGUCUCGCCAAAAGGCGAGCGGCGAUGCCCUAUGUAGCGACGUAACACUAUUCGCGGGAUGUCCCCGAAAUACUGGUCCACGGAUGUCGUCACGUAGAACAUUAUCGCUGGUGUAGCAGUGUACUCGGAGCGAACGCUCUCGCACUCUGGGUAUGUCAGCGCACGGAUCUACCUCCCCUACUACUAGCCUGGUACUCUCAAGUUCACCGGCCGCUGCAGGAGGCUACCUCCAGGGCGGAGAUCACAGUUACGGUUUCGUUGGGUUUCCGCUACGUACUAAUGUUCAUGACAGAGCAUGC